AUGCAUCUCCAACGUGCCCUCCUUGCUCUCGCUUUCUCCCUCUCCCUCCCUGCCGCAACCCUCGCUACCUCUGAAUUCGACAGCCAGUGCUUCUCCGACCCUGGUGCCCUCCAAAGCCAGGGCAGCUACAAUUUUCAAUCCCCGGGUUACUGCCAGGCCCAAUGCCGGAAGGGCCACUUUACCGUCGCGGCACUGAGCAAGGGAACCGAUUGCUGGUGCGGACAUGAAAUGCCCCCAAAAGACAAGCAGGUCAAGGACAGCAAGUGCAAUAUCGCCUGUGCGGGAUGGCCCGAAGAUAAAUGUGGCGGCCACGACGCCUGGAGUAUUUUCUCAACCGGCAACCCAGAAAGUGGCAUGGCCAAUAAUGACCCCAUCAGCGCUUCGACUGCUGCAGGCGGGAUUGUCGUCGCUCCCACGGGCGCCACAGCCACGGCAGCCAGCAAUAUCCUCACAGCACCCGCUACCGCAAAAACAACAGCUGCCGCUGCGUCCGGCUCCGCGGCGGCUUCGUUAACGCUGGCUACGUCAUCCUCCAGGGCAACGACCACAGUGACACCGGCCAAUGCAGCGGAUACAGUCCGCGCCGGUUCGUCGGUGAUAGGGAUUGCAUUUGCGGCGUUGGGGUUGCUGCUGUGA